AUGAUGCACCCUAGAGUUCCACACAGCAAGAGCAGAAGCAGUCUGGGCGAGGUGCGGCUGACCAGCUCCCCCCUCCUCCACACUAUAUCGUCGGCGCCCCCGUCAGAUCAGCCUUCCCCCGAGGACGACCCCUUCCCGAGGCUGAGCCCGGCCCCUCCAGACCCCCCGGGUGCUGGGGGAGGGGGGCAGGGGGACGCCGUGCAGGAAGGGGGGAGAGAGAAGGCAUCCAGAUUGGCGGAAUCAGUGAGAGAGGAGAGGCGCCGCGGCACGACGAGAACGGGCGAGGGCCGAGAGAGGGACGGCGAAGGCGCUGCAGGAAGCCCGAAGCCUCCCAGCGUGGCGACAGAAACACAUGAGCGGAGAAGAUUGCCUUCGCUGCCAGCUCUUAACACACAAGUUGCUCACGGGUCUCUGGGUGAGGAAGCCGCCCACACCUCCACUCCCUCCGUCGCUACGCCCGCGACGUCCAGCGUCACGCCCAUUGCCCUGCGGUCAACCCUUACGCCCGCGGUUUCGAGUAGAAGCAGCAACACACAGACGCCCACGACGAUAGGCCUCGGUUCGGUUCCUGCAAGCGGCAAGGGCGCCUCGACCGCCACGUCGCCACUCUCGACGCCCUCUACGACGUUCAAGACCACCGCCGGCCUCCUCAUCCCCCACGACCUCUCGAACCCAGAGACUGGUCGCGACGCCUGGCGAGGAGAGCCUCCUCGAGGGCCAACUUCGCACCCUCGCCACGCCCCCGACGCCGGAGAGUUUACCGCGCCAGAAUCUCGACGCGCCGGGACAGCCGACCCAUCCGACCAGAACCGAACGCCCGCUGCCUUCUCCGACGUCGACGGGAGGUCACGCACCAGGACGAAGUGACGAAGACAAAGUCCUCCUCAUGACUCCGUCGCCGCACCCUGCAGCGGCGGUGAGACUGACGAAGGGAGUUAGGUCCUUUAUCAGCCCGCAGCU